AUGCGGCUGCGCGGACGCGAGAGGAGCUUCGACGGUCCCGGCCUGCGGCUGGACUUCACACGGGUCACGGUGCUGCCCCGCUUCGCCAGCUCUGCACCAGGCUGCCAACCGGUUUGGCGGCUGCACAGGCAUGUCGCAGAAGAGCUCGUCUUCUGGAUCGACUUCUCAGUGGGUGUUGACGGCGGCUCGGAUGUGGAAACAGUCCGGGCUCGGGCUGCAUCUGUGCCCACGAUCCGCUGCUUUGACGUCGGCCACCUGCUGGCCAUGGCCCUGUAUACGGGACACUACAGACAGGGCAACACGACAUCCAGCACGAGACGCAUUCCGUUCCCGUAUAUCCGGGCCGGCGCUGUCGCCGUCUCAGUGGACUUGGAGUUUGACGUGGGGCGCACGGCUCGACCACACUGGCUGGCCGUACCUCUCGUGUCGCAGCAAGACAAGGCGGCGGCCCAAGCGCCAGGCCCGGCCAUUCACCAUCCGCCUGCGGCUGACAGACGGUACAGGACGGGUCAGAUAUGA